AUGCCAAUCGACCUUCCGCUGCUACUGCUGGCGAUCUGGCAAACACAAAGCUUGCCGCUGGCCGGUCAUGCUUGUAAGACCUCAGAUCGUGGUAAAUGUCCCUUCAAGUUAUUUCUUAUGGCAGCUGCUAAUACAACUCGCAGAAACAUCUCCAAUUCAUUCAAUCACUUCGAUGUUCUUGCUGCUCGCAAGACAUCACAAUGUGGUACUUAUUCCUAUUCAUGUUCCAUCAUUUUGCUAGCUCCUGACAUGACUUACAAUAGAUCGUAUGGUCAGAAUGAGAUUUUUGUUGUGGUUGCGAGCUGCUGGUCUGUGAAGUCUGCAGAAUACUGA